ACAGCGCAGCGUCGCGCAGCCCGCCUGGAGCCCCCUCCCUCCUUCCUCCCUCCCUCCUUCAAUCCCUCCCUCCUUCCCUCUCUCCUCCUCCUCCCUCGCUCCCGCCCGCCCGCCCGCCGCUCUGAAGGAUGCCCGGCCCAGCGAGUUGUACACCAUUUCAGCAGAGAUGUCUGAUCUUUCCAUCUUCAUACCUGGAGGUGCUUUAUUCCCUGAAUGGUCUUUUCAGUAACCACUAAAGACUUCUUGGGACUGAACAUUGGAACAGAUAAGUUAAAUCCUUCUGGAAUGUUCUUUAUCAAACAUAGAUGUACUGGACUUUCUGGAUGUGCCUAAGGACACAAAGACUGAAGAAGUCCUGAAGAUUGAUGGAGGGCCAUGCUAUUCAAACAGCAGGCGUUGCUGAGACAGAAGCUCUUUGUGCUAGGCAGCCUUGCUAUUGGAAGUCUCCUAUAUCUAGUUGCCAGAGUUGGGAGUUUGGAUAGACUGCAGCCCCUCUGCCCCAUCGAUGGCCGUUUUGGACCCCGUGGCCAGGACGAAAUCCCGUUGCGAGCCCUGCAGUUCAAGCGAGGUCUGCUCCAUGAAUUUCGAAAGGGCAAUGCCACCAAGGAACAAAUUCGACUGCACAAUCUGGUUCAGCAGCUUCCCAAGGCCAUUAUCAUUGGGGUGCGGAAAGGAGGCACCCGAGCACUACUGGAGAUGCUGAACCUUCACCCUGCAGUGGUCAAAGCUUCUCAAGAGAUUCACUUCUUUGACAAUGAUGAAAACUAUGCCAAGGGGAUUGAGUGGUACCGGAAAAAAAUGCCUUUUUCUUACCCUCAUCAAAUAACAAUUGAGAAAAGCCCCGCGUAUUUUAUCACCGAGGAAGUCCCUGAAAGGAUUUACAAAAUGAACUCAUCUAUCAAAUUAUUGAUCAUUGUCAGGGAACCUACCACAAGAGCUAUUUCUGAUUACACUCAGGUGCUGGAAGGCAAGGAAAGAAAGAACAAAACUUACUACAAAUUUGAGAAGCUGGCUAUUGAUCCUAAUACCUGCGAAGUGAACACUAAAUAUAAGGCAGUGAGAACCAGCAUCUACACAAAACAUCUGGAGAGGUGGUUAAAAUACUUCCCAAUUGAGCAGUUUCAUAUUGUGGAUGGAGACCGGCUCAUCACAGAACCAUUGCCAGAACUCCAGCUGGUUGAGAAGUUCCUAAAUCUUCCUCCGAGGAUAAGUCAGUACAAUUUAUACUUCAAUGCCACCAGAGGGUUUUACUGCUUGCGAUUUAACAUUGUCUUUAACAAGUGCCUGGCGGGUAGCAAGGGACGCAUCCAUCCAGAGGUGGAUACCUCUGUCAUUACCAAAUUGCGCAAGUUCUUCCAUCCUUUUAAUCAAAAAUUUUACCAGAUCACAGGGAGGACAUUUAACUGGCCCUAAACUAAACUUCAUACAACACUUUCUGUUGCACCUGAGGCAUGCAAUGGGAUGUCUCUGCUGAAAUAUGCACUUUUCAUAGAUACGGCUAGCAAAGUAACUUUUUUCAUGCAUAUGUGUACAUAAUGCAGUGUGUGACCAAAUAUAUGGUGGGAUCGACUUUUUCUACAGAGUAGUAACUAACAUAAAUUUACUGUCAAUAUAGUUGCAUCUUUUAAGAUAUAAUGAUAAAGGAAAAGGAGGUAUUUAGGGAAACAAAGUCAGACACUGUUAAAAUGGUCAGUGUUCCUCUUGCUUAGUGAAGUGUUUAUGUGACAUACUUAUUGAUCUAAGCAGAACAUUAGUUUAUGCCAUAAAAAUUCUUGUCAAAAGUCUGUAAAGCUGUGAGAAAGCAUAAUCUUGAGGCUAUAUUUGGUAUGUGUAUUGCUAAAGGAAUACUGACACUUAAAACACAGUGCUGAAUUUUUACAAUGAGAGUGAAUAGUACUAUUUUCUUAUUAUUUUAAAUUACUAUCUUAUCUCAUACAACCUACAUUGUUUUAGAGUUCCUGUGGUGAGUUUGCACUAUUGUUUUAUUGUAUGGACCAUAGUGUCACUUGUAGCAUGUCAAUCAUGUGUCAAGAAAAGGUCAAAUAAUUUUUUCUUCUAUACUUGUGUGUCGACAAAGCUAAACAUGGUGUACAUAGUGUACAAUGUUUGUAAAUACUGGUUUCACACUAAGUAAUUCUAUUUUGUAAAAUGAAUAUGACUAUUUAAUUUAUUGUGAAAAUUAAAUUUAUUGUGGUAUUUAAAAAUGGAAUGGAUUAAAAUUACCUAUAUGUGCAA